AUGCAUAUGACCAUGCACAGUGACUGGCUAUAUGAUAAAAUCCCACCUCCGAUUAGUACUAUAAAGGUGGCGAAUGAUGAGAAACUUUUGGUAGAAGCUUGCGGAAAUAUAAAUUUAAACGUUGCUGAUAGCAAUGGGAAGAUAAAUACAAUCCAAGUGCAGAAUGUUCUUUAUGUUCCUGGUCUGGCCACUAAUCUUCUCUCGGUUACUCAGAUGAUUAAAAAUGGAUGUCAUAUACAGUUUAAUGAGAAAGGUUGCAAGAUAUUAAACAGAAAUAAAGAACAAGUGGCUACUGCAAAGAUGAUGAAUAAUAUGUACCGGCUUAAUACUCACAGUACUCCAGCAUACAUAUCUGCAUCAAAAGACAAUGACUUUCAAAGGAACUAUGCAUUACUGCCAUUAUCAGAGUCAGUCUCAGAACCCAAGACCAAUGAUGAUAGUUCUACCAAUGAGACUCAAUUAGAAAAUACAUCUGAAGAUAGUGAAUUGCAGUCUGAAACCAGUGAUGAAUCUUUUAAGUCAGAUGAAGGAUCAAUUUAUGAACCAGACCAAACAAUUGAUCCAACAGAACUUACACGAAAUGUAACAACAAGAUCUAAACAAAGAACGUGUAACAUGGAUGCUAAAACAUAUUCAUGUGUUAAUGAAGUUUCAGAACAGGAUGAUGUUCCAGAAAGUUACACAGCAGCAAUAUCCUCACACAAUGUUCAUCUCAACAAGGUCAAAAACUCUUUGGAGAUUAAAAGUGUUAACUCUGACCAGGAUAGUCCAGAGACUGCCUCGUCGUCAGAUAAGACAGCUAUCGUUUUAAUUGUUAAAGAUAAUAACAUUAAUAAUUACAUAAAUUCGCUCCUCAAUGUUCUAAAGAACAAGUUCACGGAUCAAUCUAACUUGUCUUUAAAAAACAUUGUACUCCAAAAUCAGCCGUUUCCCAAAAAAAUUUUGAGGCAGAGAUCUCCACUACAAAGACCUUUGGUACAGAGUGCGUCACUACCUAGCAUAAGCAUAGAUGACCCACAUCAAAACAGGUGCACCCAGAUGAGGAUUCAGUGUUUUAUGGUAAAAUGUAAAAACCUUGAUCCUGAAUGUAUCCGUCAGUGUACGCUUGAAUACUUCACUUGCAUUAAUACGCCUAAAGUCGAAGAACCCUACAACUUAUUGCAUAAACUGAAUUUAACCGAAUUCUGGAGAAUGCACUAG